AUUAAUUUAAUCAACUGCUAUCUACUACUUCAGGCACCGGAGAACAAGCGAUUUUUCGCAAAUGGCGACGCUUACUACAUACGUUGCUUUCACAAAGAUAGACAAGUUUUUGAGAAAGCAUAUGCAGGGAUGACUGAUUUCAAAAGAGAAAAGUACAAAGUUUAUAUCGUUGACGAUACAAAGUCUUUCGACAAUUUUGGACGACGACGUAGAGCAGUGGAAAGUGCGUUAAAACCCUCGCGAUAUUCCAUUGAUAUUUUGGCAUUUGAUUCCACUGCAAGAACGAUGACCAUGAGACAUAUGCCCCGGACAGUCGAAAUGAUGAACAAGCUUGGCUAUGAGAUACUGUACGGCUACACUAAGGUCAACUUGAAGUGGCUCACUAUAUUGAAAUUAUUAUCAAAUCAGUUAUCUCAGGUUGGUGAUAAUUCUAUGAUAAAUCUUGAGCCAAUCCUCGCUGGCGACAUUCCUGAAGCGCUGAAUGAAGAAAAGUACGAUAACUCUAGCGACAUAAACCACGAUUGGAUCCUACCAACAACCAAGAAACUUGAUCCCACUCUUCUACCAUUCCUGUGGAAAAUGAUGAAAGAAAGUAAGUGA